UUAAGGAGAAUGCCCAAGGCCACAGAGCAAGUUAGCCGCUGAGCUGGGACGUGAGCCUGUCUCCAGUCUUUACCCAGGGAUCCUCCCUUCUAGCCUCUCUGCUGAUACCAGAACCUAAUGCCUCUCACCCACCAGCAACUUGAAGAGAGAAAUCACUCCAUUAUAUCGACCCUAAGAUGUUUCUCCUUUCUCCUUACAGAUUUUCUGAAUGGUCCUACUUCUCUUUGUGUCCUGUCUGAUUUUUUCUUGCCUAACCUUCUCCUGAUUAAAAAUCUGGAAGACCAUGAUGGACUCCGACCUAGUCACCAAGAGCAAAUGCAAAGCGAGCCUCAUUCAGAGCCAGGAGCCCUUUCUGGCCUCAGACAGCUCAGGGGAGCCACUGCAGAAAAAUGACGACCACAGCUCACUGCCAAAGACGCCCACAGAGGCCGAGCCAGCCUCUCUUAAAGAACUCAAAGAUACCUCUCAGUGGAGAACUUCCUGGCCACCCCCACACCAGAAACCCCUGAGAAACCCCCCUUCCUCUGAUGACCUGCCGGCCUCCCCAGAUCUCCAAGCCAAUGGGGCAGCGACCACGGCCCCAGAAACCAAUGGCCUGUCCUCCCCAGCCAGGCCUCAGGGCCAGCAAGCCAGGUCCUCCUCCAAAGAAGACAAGAAACAAGCUCAUAUCAAAAGGCAGCUGAUGACCAACUUCAUCCUGGGUUCCUUUGAUGACAACUCCUCUGAUGAAGACCCUGGCACCAGCUUGUUCCGAGAAUCUUCCCGGAAAGGCAGCCGGGCCAGCCUGGGGGCCCUGUCGCUGGACGCUGCUCUGACUGCAGGCGAGCCUGAGAACACUGUCCCCAAUAUGAGGCCAAGCAUGUCGGGGCUCCACCUGGUGAAGAGGGGCCGUGAGCACAAAAAGCUGGAUCUGCAUAGAGACUUUACCGUGGCUUCUCCAGCUGAGUUUGUCACACGCUUUGGAGGAAAUCGGGUCAUCGAGAAGGUCCUCAUUGCCAACAAUGGUAUCGCUGCCGUCAAGUGCAUGCGCUCCAUCCGCAGGUGGGCCUACGAGAUGUUCCGCAAUGAACGGGCCAUCCGCUUCGUGGUCAUGGUGACCCCCGAGGACCUCAAGGCCAAUGCAGAGUACAUCAAGAUGGCAGAUCAGUAUGUCCCUGUCCCAGGUGGGCCCAAUAACAACAACUAUGCCAACGUGGAGCUGAUCCUGGACAUUGCCAAGAGAAUCCCCGUGCAGGCAGUAUGGGCUGGCUGGGGCCAUGCUUCCGAAAACCCCAAACUUCCGGAGCUGCUGCACAAGCAUGGGAUUGCUUUCCUAGGCCCUCCCAGUGAGGCCAUGUGGGCCCUGGGAGAUAAGAUCGCAUCUACCAUCGUGGCCCAGACACUGCAGAUCCCAACCCUGCCCUGGAGUGGAAGUGGUCUGAUGGUGGAGUGGACAGAGGAUGGUCUGCAGCAGGGCAAAAUGAUCAGCGUCCCAGAAGAUGUUUACAACAAAGGUUGUCUGAAAGACGUCGAUGAGGGUUUGGCGGUAGCAGAAAAAGUUGGUUAUCCACUGAUGAUCAAAGCUUCCAAAGGCGGUGGAGGGAAAGGUAUCCGGAAGGCCGAGAGUAUGGAGGACUUCCCAAUUCUUUUUAGACAAGUGCAGACUGAGAUCCCGGGCUCCCCCGUCUUUCUCAUGAAGCUGGCCCAGCAAGCCCGCCACCUGGAGGUCCAGAUUCUCGCCGACCAGUACGGAAACGCUGUGUCUCUGUUUGGCCGUGACUGCUCCAUCCAGCGGCGGCAUCAGAAGAUCAUUGAGGAGGCCCCGGUUACCAUCGCCACACCGGCUGUGUUUGAGGUCAUGGAACAGUGUGCCGUCCGCCUGGCCAAGACCGUAGGUUACGUGAGCGCGGGGACGGUCGAGUACCUCUACAGCCAGGACGGCAGCUUCCACUUCUUGGAGCUGAAUCCCCGCUUGCAGGUAGAACACCCCUGCACAGAAAUGAUCGCUGAUGUCAACCUGCCGGCUGCCCAGCUACAGAUUGCCAUGGGCGUGCCACUGCACCGGCUGAAGGAUAUCCGGCUUUUGUAUGGAGAGUCGCCAUGGGGGGUGACACCCAUUUCUUUUGAGACGCCUAACAACCCUCCCCUGGCCCGAGGCCAUGUCAUUGCUGCCAGAAUCACCAGCGAAAAUCCGGACGAGGGUUUUAAGCCAAGCUCCGGGACGGUCCAGGAACUGAAUUUCCGUAGCAGCAAGAACGUGUGGGGUUACUUCAGCGUGGCUGCUGCUGGUGGCUUACACGAGUUCGCCGACUCCCAGUUUGGGCACUGCUUCUCCUGGGGAGAGAACCGGGAAGAGGCCAUUUCGAACAUGGUGGUGGCUUUGAAGGAACUGUCCAUCCGGGGAGACUUCAGGACCACCGUGGAGUAUCUCAUUAACCUCCUGGAGACUGAGAGCUUCCAGAACAAUGACAUCUACACCGGGUGGUUAGACCAUCUCAUUGCCCAGAAAGUUCAGGCCGAGAAGCCAGAUGUCAUGCUUGGGGUGGUGUGCGGAGCCUUGAACGUCGCAGAUGCCAUGUUCAGAACCUGCAUGACGGAUUUCUUACACUCGCUUGAAAGGGGCCAGGUUCUCCCAGCAGAUUCUCUGCUGAACAUUGUGGAUGUGGAGUUAAUUUAUGGAGGCAUUAAAUAUAUUCUCAAGGUGGCCCGCCAGUCUCUGACCAUGUUCGUGCUCAUCAUGAAUGGCUGUCACAUUGAGAUCGAUGCCCACCGGCUGAACGAUGGCGGGCUGCUGCUGUCUUACAAUGGGAACAGCUACACCACCUACAUGAAAGAAGAGGUGGACAGUUACCGAGUUACCAUCGGCAACAAGACGUGUGUGUUCGAGAAGGAGAAUGACCGGACAGUCCUGAGAUCCCCCUCGGCUGGGAAGCUGAUACAGUACACAGUGAAGGACGGGGGCCAUGUCGAGGCUGGGAGCAGCUACGCUGAGAUUGAGGUGAUGAAGAUGAUCAUGAGCCUGACCGUGCAGGAGAGUGGCCAGGUGAAGUACAUCAAGCGCCCGGGAGCCAUGCUGGAAGCUGGCUGUGUGGUGGCCAGGCUGGAGCUUGAUGACCCUUCCAAAGUGCACCCGGCUGAGCCAUUCACAGGGGAGCUUCCAGCCCAGCCAACUCUGCCCAUCCUUGGAGAGAAACUGCACCAGGUUUUCCACAAUGUCCUGGAAAACUUGACCAAUGUCAUGAGUGGCUAUUGUCUGCCAGAACCUAUUUUCAGCAUCAAGCUGAAGGAGUGGGUGCAGAAGCUCAUGAUGACCCUCCGAAACCCGUCGCUGCCACUGCUGGAGCUCCAGGAGAUCAUGACCAGUGUGUCGGGCCGCAUCCCCGACCCCGUGGAGAAGGCUGUGCGCAGGGUGAUGGCCCAGUACGCCAGCAACAUCACCUCGGUGCUGUGCCAAUUCCCCAGCCAGCAGAUAGCUGCCACCCUAGACUGCCAUGUGGCCACUCUGCAGCGCAAGGCCGACCGCGAGGUCUUCUUCAUGAACACCCAGAGCAUUGUGCAGCUGGUGCAGAGGUACCGCAGCGGGACUCGUGGGUAUAUGAAAAUGGUGGUAUUGGAUCUCCUGCGAAGAUACUUGCAGGUUGAGACCAUUUCCAACAAGGCAAGACGCCCUGGCCUGACACUGCUGAUGAGCCCCCCUGGUGGUAGGGGAGGCCCAGCCUUAUCCCUGUGCCACCUGUUGUCUCCCUCUGUAGACCACUAUGACAAGUGUGUGAUAAACCUCAGGGAGCAGUUCAAGCCGGACAUGUCCCGGGUGCUGGAUUGCAUCUUUUCCCACGCGCAGGUGGCCAAGAAGAACCAGCUGGUGAUCAUGUUGAUUGAUGAACUCUGUAGCCCAGACCCUGCCCUCUCGGACGAGCUGACCUCCAUCUUCGACGAGCUCACUCAGCUGAGCAAAACCGAGCACUGCAAAGUGGCCCUCAGAGCCAGACAGGUCCUGAUUGCUUCCCACCUCCCGUCCUAUGAGCUGAGACACAACCAGGUGGAGUCCAUUUUCCUGUCCGCCAUUGACAUGUACGGCCACCAGUUCUGCCCAGAAAACCUCAAGAAACUAAUACUUUCAGAAACGACCAUCUUUGACGUCCUGCCCACUUUUUUCUAUCACACCAACAAAGUCGUUUGCAUGGCAUCUCUGGAGGUAUAUGUGCGGAGGGGCUACAUUGCCUAUGAGCUGAACAGCCUGCAGCACCGGCAGCUCCCAGAUGGCACCUGUGUGGUGGAGUUCCAGUUCAUGCUGCCCUCCUCCCACCCCAACAGAAUGUCCGUGCCUGUCAGUGUCACCAACCCCGACCUGAUGAGGCACAGCAAGGAGCUCUUCAUGGACAGUGGCUUCUCCCCACUCUGCCAGCGGAUGGGAGCCAUGGUCGCCUUCCAGAGAUUCGAGGAUUUCAUCAGGAACUUUGAUGAAGUGAUCUCCUGCUUUGCCAACGUCCCCAAGGACAUCCCCCUCUUCAGCAAGGCCCAAGCCUCCCUUUACUCGGAGGAUGAUGGCAAGAGCAUCAGGGAAGAGCCGAUCCACAUCCUGAACGUGGCCCUCCAGUCAGCAGACCACCUGGAGGACGAGGAGUUGGUGAUGACCUUCCAGACGUUUGUGCAGUCCAAGAGAAAUAGCCUUGUGGGUUGUGGACUCCGAAGAAUCACAUUCCUGAUUGCCCAAAAGAAAGAAUUUCCCAAGUUUUUCACAUUCAGAGCAAGACACAAGUUUGCAGAAGACCGCAUUUACCGUCACCUGGAGCCCGCACUGGCCUUCCAGCUGGAGCUCAGCCGGAUGCGAAACUUCGACCUGACUGCUGUGCCCUCUGCCAACCACAAGAUGCACCUUUACCUGGGCUCAGCCAAGGUGAAAGAAGGUGCAGAAGUGACGGACCACAGGUUCUUCAUCCGGGCCAUCAUCAGGCACUCGGACCUGAUUACAAAGGAAGCAUCCUUCGAGUACCUGCAGAAUGAGGGUGAGCGGCUGCUCCUGGAAGCCAUGGACGAGCUGGAGGUGGCGUUCAACAACACCAGUGUGCGCACUGACUGCAACCAUAUCUUCCUCAACUUCGUGCCCACUGUCAUCAUGGACCCCUACAAGAUUGAGGAGUCAGUGCGCUCCAUGGUCAUGCGCUAUGGCAGCCGCUUGUGGAAACUCCGUGUGCUCCAGGCUGAGGUCAAAAUCAACAUCCGCCAGACCACCACCAGCGCGGCCUUUCCCAUCCGCCUAUUCAUCACCAACGAGUCAGGCUAUUACCUGGACAUCAGCCUCUACCGAGAAGUGAAUGACCCCAGAUGUGGACACAUCAUGUUUCAUUCUUUCGGCCACAAACAAGGGCCCCAGCACGGGAUGCUGAUCAACACACCCUACGUCACCAAGGAUCUGCUGCAGGCCAAACGGUUCCAGGCCCAGUCCCUAGGAACCACUUAUGUGUACGACUUUCCGGAAGUGUUCAGGCAGGCGCUCUUUAAACUCUGGGGUUCCCCGGAGAUGUACCCCAAAGACAUCCUGACGUACACUGAGUUGGUGCUGGACUCGCAGGGCCAUCUGGUAGAGAUGAACCGACUUCCGGGAGGAAAUGAGGUGGGCAUGGUGGCCUUCAAAAUGCGAUUUAAGACCCGAGAGUAUCCGGAAGGGCGGGAUGUGAUUGUCAUUGGCAAUGACAUCACAUUCCACGCUGGGUCCUUUGGCCCCAGGGAAGACCUUCUGUAUCUGCGGGCAUCCGAGAUGGCCCGGGCAGAGGGCAUCCCCAAAAUCUACCUCGCAGCCAACAGUGGGGCCCGCAUUGGCCUCGCAGAGGAGAUCAAGCACAUGUUCCAGGUGGCUUGGGUGGACCCUGAAGACCCGCACAAAGGAUUUAAAUACCUGUACCUGACCCCACAAGACUACACCAAGAUCAGCCCCCUGAACUCCAUCCACUGUAAACACAUUGAGGAAGGAGGAGAAUCCAGGUACGUGGUCACGGACAUCAUUGGGAAGGAUGAAAGCCUGGGUAUGGAGAAUCUCAAGGUCUCGGGCACCAUUGCUGGGGAGUCCUCUCAGGCCUACGAUGAGAUCAUCACCAUCAGCUUGGUCACCUGCCGAGCCAUGGGCAUCGGGGCCUACUUGGUGAGGCUGGGCCAGCGGGUGAUCCAGGUGGAAAACUCCCACAUCAUCCUGACAGGAAUAGGGGCUCUCAACAAGGUCCUGGGAAGAGAAGUUUACACAUCCAACAACCAACUUGGUGGUGUGCAGAUCAUGUAUUACAAUGGCGUCUCCCAUAUCACUGUGCCUGAUGAUUUUGAGGGGGUUUAUACUAUCCUGGAGUGGCUGUCCUAUAUGCCAAAGGAUAAUCACAGUCCAGUCCCUAUCAUCACUCCCACUGACCCCAUUGACAGAGAAAUUGAGUUCUACCCGUCCAGAGCUCCUUACGACCCCCGGUGGAUGCUUGCAGGAAGGCCUCACCCAACUCAGAAGGGGGCCUGGCAGAGUGGAUUCUUCGACCAGGGCAGUUUCAGGGAGAUCCUGGCACCCUGGGCCCAGACUGUGGUGACGGGACGAGCAAGGCUGGGGGGCAUCCCUGUUGGAGUGAUCGCUGUGGAGACGCGGACUGUGGAGGUGGUGGUCCCUGCAGACCCCGCCAACCUGGACUCCGAGGCCAAGAUCAUCCAGCAGGCAGGCCAGGUGUGGUUACCAGACUCAGCCUAUAAGACGGCCCAGGUCAUCAAGGAUUUCAACCGGGAGAAGCUUCCCCUGAUGAUCUUUGCUAACUGGAGGGGGUUCUCUGGUGGCAUGAAAGACAUGUACGACCAGGUGCUGAAGUUUGGGGCAUACAUUGUGGACAGCCUCAGGCAAUACAAACAGCCUGUCCUGAUCUACAUCCCACCUUACGCGGAGCUCCGGGGAGGCUCCUGGGUCGUGGUGGACUCCACCAUCAACCCCCUGUGCAUAGAAAUGUAUGCCGACAAAGAGAGCAGGGCAGGUAUUCUGGAGCCAGAGGGAACCGUGGCAAUUAAGUUCCGAAAUAAAGAACUGAUAAAGGCCAUGAGAAGGAUGGACCUGACUUGCAAGAAGCUCAUUGAACAGCUAGGCAAGUCUGAUCUCUCCGACAAGGAGCGGCAGGACCUAGAGAGCCAGCUGAAGGCCCGGGAGGAACUGCUGCUUCCCAUCUACCGCCAGGUGGCGGUGCAGUUCGCCGACCUGCAUGACACACCGGGUGUGAUGCUGGAGAAGGGAAUCAUCUUGGACAUCCUGGAGUGGAAGACGGUGCGGGAGUUCCUGUACUGGCGCCUGCGCCGCCUGCUGCUGGAGGACCAGGUCAAGCAGGAGAUCCUUCAGGCCAGCGGGGAGCUGAGCCACGUGCACGCACAGUCCAUGCUGCGCCGCUGGUUCAUGGAGACUGAGGGGGCCGUCAAGGCCUACCUGUGGGACAACAACCAGGUGGUGGUGCGGUGGCUGGAGCAGCACUGGCAGGUGGGGGACGGUCUGCAGUCCACCAUCCGCGAAAACAUCAAGUACCUCAAGCGCGACUUUGUCCUCAAGACCAUCCGAAGCCUGGUCCAGGAGAACCCUGAGGUGGCCGUGGACUGCGUGAUCCAGUUGAGCCAGCACAUCAGCCCAGCCCAGCGGGCCCAGGUUGCCUACCUCCUGUCCACCAUGGAGAGCCCAGCCUCCACCUGACCCAGCCCUGCCACUCACAGGACCAUGGACCCGAGAGACCACACCGCCUGCGCUUCCACCGCAACCCCACACUGAGGACCAGGGGCUGCCUCUCUCCAUCCUGGGCGUUUCUGUGGGGCUGCUGCUCACUGCUGUCUCAGUCAAAAGCUCAGGGGUGCCCCUUCCAAGCAGAAACAGCCUCCUGUCCCUUGUUGGGAAGUUUGCUUUGUUUUGUCUUGUCUCCUGAGAUAACAGUUUGCUGCAUCAUUGAGUUGAACCAACACCAUCCCCCGCCCCGUUUCCUUUUGUUUCUUCUUGUCUGGUGUGCGGGAUCCAGGUGUUCUCUAGGCCUGGUUUCUAUCAGAUCAUGGAAUCCUUUAUUUUUUUACUCUGUGGCCAGCUCUUGAUUUAAGGAUCUUAUAUAUUUCGAUAUGCCAAACAGACCAAGGAACGAAAAAUCUGGACAACAGAAGACCUAUUUUUGUAAUGAUGCUGACUCAGGCGCUGUCUAGUUGCCCAGGAAAAGGUACAGAUUAUUAUUAUUAUUUUUUUAAUUAACUUUUAUUGAGCUUCAAGUGAAUGUUUACAAAUCAAGUCAGACUGUCACAUAUAAGUUUAUAUACACCUUACUCCGUACUCCCACUUGCUCUCCCCCUAAUGAGUCAGCCCUUCCAGUCUCUCCUUUCGUGACAAUUUUGCCAGCUUCCAACUGUCUCUAUCCUCCCAUCGCCCCUCCAGACAGGAGAUGCCAACACAGUCUGAAGUGACCACUUGAUAUAAUUAGCUCACUCUUCAUCUUCAUCAGCAUCUCUCACCUACCCACUGUCCAGUCCCUUCCAUGUCUGAUGAGUUGUCUUCGGGAAUGGUUCCUGUCCUGUGCCAACAGAAGGUUCGGGGACCAUGACCGCCGGGAUUCCUCUAGCCUCAGUCAGACCAUUAAGUAUGGUCUUUUUAUGCGAAUUUGGGGUCUGCAUA